CGCAUUUUCACAGUCGACCGUUACCUGCAGGAAAAAUCUGUCAAGGGGCCGGACCAUAUAAAUAUCAUCAGCAUGGCUUGAGCUAAAUCAUCAAUUGCCUCGCCUCUCUCUCGGCAAUAACAUCUGGGAUUAACACAAACAAAGUUCUCCGUUUAGAAUACAGCUGUUAUGGGACCUUUUUAUUUCCUAGCCAUGGUUCUAUCCAUGUGCUCUCAUGCUCAUCUUGCAUUGGCUUGGACGGUGAAUAAUUUCCUCAUGACUGGACCUAAGGCUUUUCUGACAUAUGCCGAUAGUGUGCAAGUUGGCGCACAGAGUGGAAUACACGAGUGCAAACACCAGUUCGCGUGGGAGCGCUGGAACUGCCCAGAAAACACGCUCCAAUUAUCCACACACAACGGCCUCCGCAGUGGUAAGACAUCAACAAGACAAACGUCUUUCGUCCAUGGCAUCAGCGCUGCCGGAGUGAUGUACACGCUCACCAAGAACUGCAGUAUGGGAGACUUUGACAACUGCGGCUGUGAUGACUCCAGAAUUGGACAAACAGGUGGUAGAGGGUGGAUUUGGGGAGGCUGCAGUGAUAACGUGGCGUUUGGAGAGAAGAUCUCAAAACAGUUCGUGGACGCGCUGGAAGGUGGGCAGGACUCACGCGCAGCAAUCAACCUGCAUAACAACGAGGCAGGCCGACUGGCAAUCAAAGCUACCAUGAGGAGAGCCUGUAAGUGCCACGGGGUGUCCGGGAGCUGCAGCAUCCAAACCUGCUGGAUGCAGCUGGCCGACUUCAGAGAGGUGGGGAACUACCUGAAGAUGAAGUACGAACACGCAAAGAAGCUGGAGAUGGACAAGAAGCCGACAAGGUCUGGGAACAGCGCGGACAACCGAGCAGCCAUUGCACUAGCUUUUAGGAGCAUCGCUCGCACUGAGCUCGUCUACCUGGAGGAUUCCCCGGAUUACUGCGUCAAGAACCGGAGCCUGGGAUUCCAGGGCCUCGAGGGGCGGGAAUGUCUGAAGGGAAACAAGAACAUGUCUCUGUGGGAGAGAAAGAGCUGCCGCAGGCUGUGCUAUGAAUGCGGCCUCAAAGUGGUGGAGAAGCGCAUUGAGGUCGUCAGCAGCUGCAACUGCAAAUUCCACUGGUGCUGCACGGUCAAGUGUGACAAAUGUACGCAAGUUGUUACGAAAUAUUACUGCGCGCGUAAACAAGGUGGCAGGAAGCCACAUAAUAAAGCCAAGCGCAGGAACCGUGCGCAACGCCACUGACUACUAUUUGUUGCAUUGGAUCUCUAUUUCUAUUGUGGACAUUAACAAACAUUAUUCAGUAUUACAAGAAUGUAACUUUAAUUUUCAACUUGACAUAUCAACUGACACCUUUUAAUGCACUUGUUCUUUUGAUUUGAUUCUGACAAAACUCUCCAUUCAUGCUCACUCGUUUGUGUUGGGUUUCAGGGAUAACUGGUUUAUUGCGUCUGUAAAUUGUCUUGUAUUUUAUAUGUAUUCUUAAUUGAAAUUAUAAUAAAUAUUUUUCUACAAUA